AUGAGCGCCGGGGGCUCCGGCCCUUCGCUCGCUGCCCCGUCCCGGUGUCGCAUCUCCUCUGAACGACCCCGGUUCGCCAAACACACCUCGAACAAGCAGGGGAGGUGGAGCCGCCGGGGCCAUUUUGCAGACCCGGGUGCCAAGGCAGCCGGCCCGCCAACACCCAGCGACAAGAAAACCAAAGACCAGCGGGGCGGUUCUGCACGUGCCAGAGGUGAUGUUCCAGUGUUUGAGGAUGCCAAGUGCCCAGCUGGAAAGCUUCCCAAAUGGGCACCGCGAUGCCCCACGCUGCAGCCGUCCCCGCUCCUCCCUGCAGACCCACUGCUGGCUGCAAGCAGACACAGCACGGUCCCCUCCCUGCCUACAGCCCUUCAACAGAGCUUCAUGGACUGCUGGGCUCUGGAGUCCCACCAGCGGUGGCUCUGCAGGGAAAAGCAGCAAGGGCUCUUCAGCCAUGUCUCCCCUUGCCGCUCCCUUCUGCCAGGCCCCCGGCAUCAUCGUCUUUGUGACAUCACCGCGGUGCACCCAAGGGAUACGGGAGAGCACCCGCUGGUACCCACAGUCAGUCAGCGCCAGCAGCCUCUCCUGGCUGACUGCUGGGACUGGGCCUGGUUCUCCAGGGCAGUGGCUGCCGAGCGAACCGUGGGUCCAGGGCCGACAGCAGAAAUGGAAUGGGAGCCGGCUCCCGCACCAGCGCCAUCCCUUUGUGCUCCGCAUGAGCUGGGGCAGUCGGCAGACACGGCUGCUGCCGGCCCUUCAGGACAGGGGCAAACAGCGCCCUGUGACACAGCCGCAGCAGCCACACAGGAGGAGCGGGAUGUGCAACCCGGCAGCGAGGGACACGACACCGUCCGAAUCCCUCCUCUUUCCAACGGGAGCAGGCGCCCAGCCAGAGAAUUCUCAGGCCUCGGCUUUCCACAGAGGCUGUGGAAGAUCCUGGAAAGCAGCGAGUUUCGGUCCAUCUGGUGGGGUAUGGGAGGAAAAUGUGUGGCCAUCAAUGAAGAACUCUUCCAACAGGAGGUGCUGGGCCGGGUUUUCUCCACACAGAAGAUGAACUCUUUCCUCCGGCAACUGUACAACUACGGCUUCACCAGAGUGCACCCAGACUCCCAGAGAUCUGCCUCCCUGCCUGAAUUCCUUGCUGAGGAAGCAGCAGCCUCUUCUCACAGCAAGGUGCUCUACUACCACAGCCCCAGCUUCAGCAGAGAGCGUCCCCAGCUGCUGGAGCAGCACAAGAGGAAAGCUGCCAUCAAGCGGAAGGCCCCGGGGGCAGCACAGGAGGAGGAAGAACAUCCCUCCAGAAGCGCCGAUGCGCAGCCUGCAGUGCCCACGCGGGCAUCUCCACCCGCCAAGCGACGGAAUGGAGCACUUCCUGGCCCCAGCACUGCCCGUCCAUCCCCAAGGGCAGCUGCUCCCACAAGCCCAGAGCCUGCCAGAGCAGCAGGCAGAGAGAGCUUCAUCCCUCCCAACCUCUUCUUCCCACCACCAUGGGAUACGGGAGAGCACCCGCUGGUACCCACAGUCAGUCAGCGCCAGCAGCCUCUCCUGGCUGACUGCUGGGACUGGGCCUGGUUCUCCAGGGCAGUGGCUGCCGAGCGAACCGUGGGUCCAGGGCCGACAGCAGAAAUGGAAUGGGAGCCGGCUCCCGCACCAGCGCCAUCCCUUUGUGCUCCGCAUGAGCUGGGGCAGUCGGCAGACACGGCUGCUGCCGGCCCUUCAGGACAGGGGCAAACAGCGCCCUGUGACACAGCCGCAGCAGCCACACAGGAGGAGCGGGAUGUGCAACCCGGCAGCGAGGGACACGACACCGUCCGAAUCCCUCCUCUUUCCAACGGGAGCAGGCACCCAGCCAGAGAAUUCUCAGGCCUCGGCUUUCCACAGAGGCUGUGGAAGAUCCUGGAAAGCAGCGAGUUUCGGUCCAUCUGGUGGGGUAUGGGAGGAAAAUGUGUGGCCAUCAAUGAAGAACUCUUCCAACAGGAGGUGCUGGGCCGGGUUUUCUCCACACAGAAGAUGAACUCUUUCCUCCGGCAACUGUACAACUACGGCUUCACCAGAGUGCACCCAGACUCCCAGAGAUCUGCCUCCCUGCCUGAAUUCCUUGCUGAGGAAGCAGCAGCCUCUUCUCACAGCAAGCUGCUCUACUACUACAACCCCAGCUUCAGCAGAGAGCGUCCCCAGCUGCUGGAGCAGCACAAGAGGAAAGCUGCCAUCAAGCGGAAGGCCCCGGGGGCAGCACAGGAGGAGGAAGAACAUCCCUCCAGAAGCGCCGAUGCGCAGCCUGCAGUGCCCACGCGGGCAUCUCCACCCGCCAAGCGACGGAAUGGAGCACUUCCUGGCCCCAGCACUGCCCGUCCAGCCCCAAGGGCAGCUGCUCCCACAAGCCCAGAGCCUGACAGAGCAGCAGGCAGAGAGAGCUUCAUCCCUCCCAACCUCCGCUUCCCACCACCAUGA